ACCGCGGCUCCCGUGCGUUGCACCGCGCGCUGCUCGGCGGGGUCUGCGCCCGGGGACACCCUGGGGGCCUCUCGGACCCCGCGGCUGCACGACGGUGAGAACGAGCCAAACCGCCCCACGAUCCGGACACCGCCAGCUCUCGGGACGCAGACGAGCAUCCCUGCGCCCCCAGACCCCGGAGCCCUUGACGGCAAAGAUCGGACAAGGUGUACGCAGCACCUGCCGGAUUUCAGACGAGCCGCGCCUUAUUUAUUGCUUAAUUAACUACGGUGACUGCGCUGUACAAUACGGGAGCCCCCGAAUGUGACUUUCCGUCGUGAGAACGUGACUUGUGGAACUGAAGCGGGUGGGAACACACCCACACGGAUCCGGCGGGCAAGCGUCCCAUUUUAAUAUAAGGAAACUGAUGGCACGAAUACCAGCAAAUCCUUAGUUCUACAUAUUCCGGGCGUAUCAUGCUGACUAAUUAGGGUCAAAAGCAAGGAGCCACCUUUAGGCGGGCUUCUCACGACGGCAUCUCGUCGCUUGCUCUCCUGCUUUCCCAGCACUAAGCCGUUCCCAGCCUCGUGCUGGAAUGAUCCAUGAGGCCUCUGGGGUCCCUGCCCAGAGAGCAGUGUCAGCCCUUGAUGUGCUCCAGGCGAGAAAAGAGAAAUUCAGAAAUUUCUUCCUUCCCAGUGUUUUCCUUCCCAGUUACAGGGAAGAGGCGGGCAUGGAAAGGGCCCUGGAUCCCACUGGAAGAGAAUGACGCACCCAGGAGUCCUUUCUUUCACUUGGUUCGGAGACUCACGGGAUCGUCCUUGCCAAGGGUCAGCUGUCCCCUGCCCCUUUGGCUUCAAGAAUGAAUGAGCCCACGCGGGAGCGGCUGUGCUGGGCCUCCGGGCCCCAGUUCUACAUUCUCAGUUUUGGUACUGUGGGGAAAAAAGAAGAAAGAAGAAGGUGGAGAAGAAGGAGGAAGAGGAAGAAGAAGGAGGAGGAAGAGGAGGAAGAAGAGGAAGAAGAAGAAGAGGAAGAGGAGGAAGAAGAGGAAGAGGAAGAGGAGGAAGAAGAGGAAGAAGAAGAAUCGAAACUUCCUUUACAGUGGAGUUGGGAGGCCAGCAGGGGGAGCUCUCGGACCCCACCGCCGUUGUCCCUCGCGGAGCCAAUAGGAAGAGAGGGGCCUCGCUUGGGAACACCGCCUACCCCAGCAGGAGGAAGACAGGCCUUUCUUCUCCCCUGGCAACGGCCCAGCCAAUGAGAGACUUUGCUACUCAGCCAAUGAACAGCCACUGUACUUGGGACUUGCAGUUUACUCUAAUGGGCUUUUUUCCUACACCAGCCUUCCCAACUAGCCUCUUUCUUCUGUAAGGUUCUCCUUUGUUCUCUGGGCUUGUCUGUGGCUUUGCUGUAGCUGGCUUGUGCCCGUUGUAAUUGUCUAGCUCUUCUUGAAUAAACACAUUUUUGCUAGUUAAAAACCGGCAGUUUUAUUUUUAAGGUUAACAGUCUUUAAAUUUGCUAAUGUAAAAUAAAUAAGUAAAUAAAUUUGCUGAUGUAUAUUUGUCAGUAAAUGAGGCUCCUUGUACCUGUGGAGGAUCGGUCUGAAGCUCUUUACACUAAAUAAAAUAUAUUUUGGAGUCUCUAAAUUCCUAUCAGCACCCUGUUUCUCUUGUAUAAGUAGAUUUAGCACUCCCCCUACUCCCCAACGGUAGAAAUGUCUGGGAAUAAAUGAGCAUCUUUUUUUUUUAAAAAUUACUGUUGCCGUCUUUAAUGGUUACGUAUAUUUCUUCUCUCCCCUAUAUUCUCCGCAUCGUGAGGACAGGAACCACGUUCUUUAUGUAUUCUAUUUGCUUAUUUCUAGUGCCUGGCAUAUGGAAGGCAGUCAAUGUUUGCUGAAUUGAACAUCCUCACUCUGCUGUGGUGCUUACUAUGUUUUUGUCCCAUUUGAAACAAAGAAAAACUAUAUUAACUUAG